UCUCUCUCUCUCUCUCUCUUUGCCCCUAUUCCAGUCCCCCAGUUGCGUCGAAAUACCUGCAUCACCAAAAUUCUUUUACCUGUUUUUUUAUCAUUGUAUUCGUAGUUAUAAGGGGGAAUUACGUUUCAGUUUUGUUAAUCCUUCGAUUUCAGAUGGGUGACUCUAGGGUUGAUGAGAACUCGGAACGAGCCAUGGCGGAAGAAGUAUCUAGAGCGGUGGAGCUAGCCAAGGAGUUGCAGGACUCAGCUGCCUCCAUAAUUUCACGGAACUCGAAUGAAGAAGACUCUCUCCGUCAGCGAGCCCAAUCUCUUGAUUCCAAUAUCCAAAGACUUCGCUCGUCGAUCAAGAAAGCCAAUUUCGAUCCCAAUCAGGCCGAAAAGUUGGAAGAGGAGUUAUGCAGAGCUGGGUAUUUAUUGGGUGAAGGAGAAGCGGCCGCAUUUCUUCCAAGCAAAUCUCAUGGGCGGUUCUUGAGGACGUUUCUUGGUCCAAUUAACGUUCGUGCCACUAGGAAGGAUGUUCAGCUGAAAGUGAAAGAGGAAUACAAUAGCUUUAGAGAUAGAACCGCAUUUCUCUUUCUUUUUUUCCCAUCACUGUUGCUUGUGUUAAGGUCAUGGAUUUGGGAUGGAUGUUUACCAGCAUUGCCAGUUCAGCUUUACCAGGCUUGGUUGCUAAUUCUCUACACAAGUUUGGCUCUGCGAGAGAACAUUUUGAGAGUGAACGGAAGUGACAUUCGGCCAUGGUGGAUAUACCAUCACUAUUGUGCUAUGGGUAUGGCAGUCAUCAGUCUCACUUGGGAGGUUGAAAGGGAACCUGAUUGUGCCCAGAAGCAGAGAGGAGUACAACUAUUUCUGCAAUGGGCGACCAUGCAAGGAGUUGCUAUGCUUCUACAAAAUAGAUAUCAACGGCAGAGACUCUAUACACGUAUUGCGCUGGGCAAGGCUAGGAGAAUGGAUGUUGUGUGGGGAGAAACUGCGGGUGUAGAAGGUCAACUAUGGUUAUUGUGCCCCAUACUGUUCAUCUUGCAGGGUUUUGAAGCAUAUGUUGGAGUGUUGUUGCUUAAAACUGCACUAGCUGGUGUGGUUUCGGAGUGGCAGGUAGUUACUUGUGGAAUCCUUCUGAUAAUUAUGGCGCUUGGGAACUUUGCAAACACGGUGCAGACACUUGGAACAAAGUCUCGAGUCAAAGCGAAAGUGAAGAGAAGUAAAAGCAAACAAGAACCACAUCAGGGAUCCGUUACUAAGAAUUUAUGAUGUGUUGGAUCAUCAUAGCACUUGAGGCGGGGCUGUGAUUAUGAGAUGAGGAUUUGAUUAUUUAUUUCUCAAUCUACCCUUUCUUGUGACACACUGUCACUUCUACAUAAGUAGGCUUUUGUUGUGAUUGACCUAGGAUUGUAUAUAUAGGAGCUCUGCAUUAGUUGGUUACACUAGAAAGUCCGGUUCUGAGUGCAAAUAUUUUUACACGUCUUUUUGUUUGCUUUAUAAGACUGCUUUUGAGGUGUUUAAAAUUUUACUGAUUUCAUUUGCAAAGCUUUCCUCAAAUUACACCCGAAAUCUAUU